UAUAUAAAUGUCUGUGUGUGUGUAAAGUAUAUAAAAACUACAUAGAUAUGCUGUCAUUGGAAUAUACUAUAGAUUACCAGGACAGAAAGAGGAACUAGAUUAGGAGUUUGGGAAAUAGAUUAUGAGCCUACAAUGAUAUUAAUCAUGAUGGAGGAUUUUGGUUAUUCAGACAUCUUAGAGUUUUCUUUCUAUCAAAAAGCAGACAAGUUAAAAUUUUAUUUCCUUGGCUUUAUGAUAUUUUAUCCUUCAAAAAAUGAGCAAAUAAGGCAGUUAUUAUAUAUAUCUGAUUUGCCUUAAUUAUAUGCCAAAAUAUAAAUAAUGAGAAUUUUAGGAUGGAGAGAGAUGAUUUUUUUUUUAGAGUUUCUUAUAAAAUGAGAGAGUAAAUCUACUUGUUUUGUAUGCACACUAAGUUUUUUUAUGGGGAGACUUUUGGAGAGCAUAAUUCAAAGGUUUCAAAGAAAUGAUUGAUAUGAUCCUGUGGCUUAAAAUUCUAUAGUGGAGGUUGACCCAGGAGGGAUGGGAAGUUCUCAAGAAUCUUGAAGAAACAAAGAAAAACAGUUCUGAAGAGGAAGUUUCGGUGACAUUGUCUAAACUCUAAACUCUAAAGAAUCUGUAUGGAUGUUCAAGGAACUCAGCAACCAACUUAGAUCUAAAGAAGACAUUGAGAAGAUGGAAGCAAGGGCAAGGAGAAAGAUCUUUGGAAUGGAAAGGACAGAACAAAAAUGACCAGUAAGGACAUGAUGCACAAGAUAAGUAGGGUGAUAGUAAGAGAAUAUCUAGCAGGUCUUGUUGAGUUCAAGUCACCAGGCCUAAAGGAACUACGACAUACCAGAGUACUGAAAGAAUUGGCAGAUGUGAUUGUUCCACCAUUCCACCACUGUCAGUGAUCUCUGAAAGAUAAUGGAGAAUGGAAAAAGUACCAAAGAAAUGGAAAAGGGAAUAUGUUUUCACAGCUCUCAACAAAGGGAAGAGAAUGGAUUCUAGAAGCACUAGGAUGGGGGAAUCAUUUUAUACUUCAGAAUUAGGACAAGUAUGUGAGAAUUCCCAUCAGCCAGCGUGGAUUUCUUUCUUCAAGUUCUUCCAAUACAGCCAGCUACAUAACUUUCUCAAAUAACCCUUCUUUGUGCCAUGUUCUGUGGCUUGCAUCAAAAGAGGAAUUUGUCUUCAUGAAGAUUCCUAACAUUGGUAAUGUGAUGAAUAAAUUUGAGAUCCUUGGGGUUGUAGGUGAAGGAGCCUAUGGAGUUGUACUAAAAUGCAGACACAAGGAAACACAUGAAAUUGUGGCAAUCAAGAAAUUCAAGGACAGUGAAGAAAAUGAAGAAGUCAAGGAAACAACUUUACGAGAGCUUAAAAUGCUUCGAACUCUAAAACAGGAAAAUAUAGUGGAGCUAAAGGAAGCUUUCCGAAGAAGAGGGAAAUUAUAUUUGGUGUUUGAAUAUGUGGAAAAAAAUAUGCUUGAAUUGUUGGAAGAAAUGCCAAAUGGAGUUCCACCUGAAAAAGUUAAAAGCUAUAUCUACCAACUAAUCAAGGCAAUUCACUGGUGCCAUAAGAACGAUAUUGUUCAUCGAGAUAUAAAACCAGAAAAUCUCUUAAUCAGCCAUAGUGACAUCCUGAAGCUCUGUGAUUUUGGUUUUGCUCGGAAUCUAUCAGAAGGCAACAAUGCUAAUUAUACAGAGUAUGUGGCCACCAGAUGGUACCGUUCUCCUGAACUCUUACUUGGAGCUCCCUAUGGAAAAUCUGUAGAUAUGUGGUCUGUGGGCUGUAUUCUUGGGGAGCUUAGUGAUGGGCAACCUUUAUUUCCUGGAGAAAGUGAAAUUGACCAACUUUUUACUAUUCAGAAGGUUCUAGGACCACUUCCAUCUGAGCAGAUGAAGCUCUUCUACAGCAAUCCUCGUUUCCAUGGGCUUCGGUUCCCAGCUGUUAAUCAUCCCCAGUCUUUGGAGAGAAGAUAUUUAGGAAUUUUAAGUGGUGUUUUGCUUGACUUAAUGAAGAAUUUAUUGAAGUUGGAUCCAGCAGAUAGAUACUUGACAGAACAGUGUUUGAACCAUCCUUCAUUUCAAACCCAGAGACUCUUGGAUCGUUGUGGAACUUCACCUUCACGAUCAGCAAAGAGAAAACCAUACCAUGUUGAAAGCAACACAUUAUCUAAUAGAAAUCAAGCCAGCAAAAAUACUGCUUUGCAGGCACAUCACAGAUCUAACAGUAAGGAUAUACAGAACCUGAGUGUUGGACUUCCACGGAAUGAAGAUGUUCUUCCAGCAAGUGAAAGCUUCCUCAAUGGAAACCUUUCUGGAGCUUCUCAUAGUCCCAUGCACACCAAACCCUAUCAAACAAGUAACCCACCUGGAUCCGCAAACAAAGAUCUCACCAAUAACAACAUUCCACAUCUUCUUAGCCCCAAAGAAUCAAAAGCAAAAACAGAAUUUGAUUUCAGUAUUGACCAAAAGACUUCUGAGGGCCCAGGCACAAAAUACCUUAAGUCAAACAGUAGGUCUCAGCAGAACCGCCACUCAUUUAUGGAAAGUUCCCAAAGCAAAACUGGAACAUUACAACCUGGUGAAAAGCAUGGACGACAUAGCUACAUAGAUACUAUUCCCCAAUCCUCUAAGAGUCCUUCUUAUAGAGCAAAGGCCAAAAGUCAUGGGGUUCUGACUGACUCCAAAUCUGUGAGUAACCUUUCUGAAGCCAGAGUUCAGAUUUCUGAUCCCAGUAGCAGCAGGUAUUUUCCAUCUAGCUGCCUAGACUUGAAUUCUCCCACCAGCCCAAUCCCUCCCAGGCACAGUGACAGUAGAACUUUGCUUAGUCCUUCUGGGAGAACUAACCGAAGUGAGGGCACCUUGGACUCAAGGCGAACAACAGCAAGACAUUCCAAAACAAUGGAAGAGUUGAAACUACCUGACCACAUGGAUGGAAGCCAUUCACACUCACUCUCUGCACCCCAUGAAUCUUUUUCCUAUGGUCUAGGGUAUACCAGCCCUUUCUCUUCCCAGCAACGGCCUCAUAGGCAUUCCAUGUACGUGACUCGGGACAAAGUGAGAGCGAAAGGCUCAGAUGGAGGCUUGAACAUAGGGCAAGGGAUGGCAGUCAGAGCCAACAGCCUUCAACUCUUAUCACCACAGGUACAACUUAGACUAUUCACCAGAUCUGUUGGCACAUCACGGGAAGAUGGUGCAGAGGAUUUGAAUAGGCCAGGAGAACAGAUCCCCACAGAACUAAGUGUAUCACGGUCUUCAGCUAAAGAAACCUCUCGAGAGGGUACAUCUUCAUUUCAUUCAAGACAAAAAUCUGAGGGUGGAGCCUAUCAUGACCCCCAUUCAGAUGAUGGAGGCGCCACAAAAGAAAAUAGACAUCUAUAUAAUGAUCCUGUUCCAAGAAGAGUUGGUAGCUUUUACCGAGUUCCAUCUCCACGUCCGGAUAAUUCAUUUCAUGAAAAUAAUGUACCAUCCAGAGUCGCUUCUUUGCCAUCAGAGAGCAGCUCUGGGACAAACCACUCAAAAAGACAAACAACAUUUGAUCCAUGGAAAAGUCCAGAAAAUAUUAGUCAUGCUGAACAACUCAAGGAGAAGGAGAAGCAAAGCUUUUUUAGAUCCAUGAAAAAGAAAAAGAAGAAAUCUCAAACAACAAAUUCCACCAACGGAGAGAAUCCAAGCAUCAAGAAAUCCCUCUUUCCUCUUUUUAAUUCAAAGAAUCCUUUAAAGCAUAGUUCUUCUUUGAAAAAGCUUCCUGUAGUCACUCUACCUAUGGUGCCCAAUACAGAUAGUCAGGAUCUUCUGGCAUUACAAAAAGCCAUUCAUUCGACUAAUCACCAAAGCAGCCGGCCAAAGGAGUGGCGUCCUGAGAAGAUCUCAGAUCUUCAAGUUCAUAGUCAGCCAUUAAAAUCACUCCGUAAGCUGUUACAUCUCUCUUCUGCCUCAAACCAUCCCACUUCCUCAGACCCCCGCUUCCAGGUACCAAGUCAGCAAGCCAAAAGCUCCUUUUCAGAAGUGCGAAUUCAUCCCAUGAGCCAGGCCUCCAGUAGCAGCAGCAACAGCAACAUCCGGGCUGAGGCCACACCAAAGGCCAGGCCAACCCUUCAGCUGCCGGGUCAGAUAGACCCAGGCUGGCAUGUAUCCCCUGUGAGCAGGAGCACCACUGAGGGGCCUUCCUAUUCUGAACAGCUGGGUUCUAAGGGCGGGCCUAAUGGGCACACAUAUAACAGAACAAAUCGAUCACGGAUGCCAAAUCUGAAUGAUUUAAAAGAGACAGCCUUGUAAUUAUGCUCCGGGGGUUAGAGGGGAAAAAGCUAGCUCCCUGGGGAGAGGGGUGGGGUAGGAAGGGAUAGGAUAGGGGCAGACUGUGCCAGGGGUGGUAAGCCAGUAUUUUCAGCCUUAUGAAGGUGUGCAGUAUUGUGUUGUAUGGAGCUGCAUUGUCAAGCACCACAUUAGUUGUCAGGGAUCACAUAGUCAAUGAGCUGAAUUAUUGAUUGCCAGUCACCAGAAGUCACCCUGGGUAAUAGAGUUCAGGAAGAAGUUGUUUGGUUCUCUUCCCCUGCCCCCCCCCCCCCCCCCCCCCCCCCCCCCCCCCCCCCCCCCGUCCCCCUUUACAUUCCAGCUUUAGUUCCCUAUUGAAACUGGGAAGCUAAAGCAUGCCUUGGCACUUCAAGGGAUGGAAAAAUUAAGUGUCUCAACCUAUGUCCUUACCACAUACUUUCUGCCUAGUUGAAAUGUGGGGUUUAUGUAAUCCAAGCCUGUCCCUUUCUUUCAAGGGUUAGAAAUCGAAUUGUAUGUCUUAAAUUUGUUUUUUUUUUUUUUUAACUUCCAUAUUUGAUAGGUUUGUAACAUUUAUUUAUGAUUAACUAAUAUUGUACUGUUAUAAUCAUACCUUUUAUGUUACAAUAUAAAGUUAUUUUGAGCUGUUUGAAACAUUGUGAAGCAGUGCAACAGCUACAGUAGUUUCUAUAAAAACUAAACAGUAACAUUUAUAUAUUGCAUCAGGAGUAUUUUAUUCUCUAUAUAAAUAUAUAUAUGGUAAAUACUUGUCUGUUUUAUAAAUAUCUUCAUUUAAAGAAAGUAUUGUUAUGACACUAUUUGCCAUAUUUUUUUAUACAUUUGUGAUAUAAAGUGCAGUAUUAUACUUCUAAUAAAAGGUAAUUGAAUUGUGGCCAUGUGUGACUGUAACAGUAUGAAUCCUGCUCACCUGUGAGAAUGCAGUCCUCAAGGCAUGAUUAUUAGUGGCAAAAUAUAUGCCAUGUUUAUCUAGCCUUGUUAGAGGGGGGAAAAAAAAAGCAAAAGAUGAAGGACUGACUACCUGGCUAGCUGCAUUGUAAGGAAGACUUCAGGCUAUUUUUUCAGUCCAUGCAUGAUUAGCUCCCCUUUGUAGUAGUGAAAAUUACAUGUGCACAUGCUGAGAAUAGCUCUGGUAUUGCUUUCUUUUCUUGGUACAGAGAAAGUGCCCCUUAAAAACCACAACUAAAAACAGAUGCUCUUCCAUGAAAUAUUAUGGGGUAUAGACCAAAGAAAUCAAACAUGAUUUGUAAGUGGAGUUUCAAAGUUGUAAAUUUACAUAGGAUAGACUACAAAUCAUGGCAUAUCAGGUUUAUGCUUAGGUAUAUUAUUCAUUUGUAUUGUGUUUAUUCAUGUAAUAUUCUGUUUUAAAAUGCUGCUGUACUUUUUUGUUGCUAUUUUUGGAUACAUUUUAAGGCUUCCGAAGCACUGAGAUCUAGUUAUAGAGAAGAUUGUCACAUUCCCUGUUUUCUUCUGAGCUCUCUUUAGAACACCAUUUCCAGUAUGGUCGCUGACUUCAGGAACUUUUCCAAAUUUCCUAUAAUAUGGUAGUGUUUAAAAAUAACAAAUAUAGUGUCAAAACAAAACCACUUUUUCUUGUCAUUCAUCUCCCUUCACUCCCAGCUUGCUCACAGAUGUCAUCAAGGUCUUUGACCUUUAUAUGACAGUAGCCAGUGAUUGUGCUUUCUUUGUAUUUUGUCUUGCCUCAUCUACACCCUGUCCACAGUCCUCAGUAUUGGAAGUACUCAAUUGGCAUCCCUUUUGAAGAUUUCCCCCUCAUCCAUGCAUACACACACGCACGCGUACACACACACACACACACACACACACACUCUCCCUCCUAAGGUUCAUUUUUAAAGUGAAAAGACUAUGUUUAUCUCCCCAAUCCUCAAAGAGUGUGGUUUUGUCAGGGUUGUUCUGCUACCAGAGUUCUGAGGGCAUCAGAUCCCCAAUCAGCCAUGAUAGAUGAAAAAUAUAAUAAACUAAAUUUCUAUGGCCAGUUUUCUUUAGAGUUUUGAAAAGCUGGUAACCCUAAUGAUUAUGAAGAUUACAAAAAAGGAGGCUCCAUUUCUCCACAGACUCUCUGAAAUAUUAGAUUGUGUGUCUAUUGCAUUCAUAUUUAUAUUAUGAUUUUACAUGUAUAGAUUAUAUGUAGAACUCAUUGGUGCUUUUUGUUUCAUUUUUAAUAAAUAUGUUGGACACUACAGAAAACCUUAAGGUGGGCUUGAUACUAUCACUGAAGUUAUGGUUUGAAAUCCAUAAAUGAUCUUGCAAAGUGCGCUUUUUGUUUAAUUUUUAAUUAUUAGAUUUUUUUUUUUCUUCCUCUAGUUUAGGACAUUUCAGCUGGCCCUGCAUUGUCUUGAACUGAAUUUUCUCCUUCAAAACUACUUUGUCUUAUGUGAAAGUUAGAAAUUUAACAGCAUUUAUCUGAGUGCCUAUGAGACUAGAAAACUGCAUGUUCAACAAUUUGACAAUAGGGCUACAACUUCCUACCACCUUCCUUAAAUAUUAGUAAAUUCAUUUUCAGCAUAGAAAGGAUCUUUAGAAGUGCCUUUGGCACUUGGAUUUAGGAGAGAACAUUUUCUGUUCAUCCAUGCUUUGUACUACUUAUUGGUAUCUCAUAUAUGGGAUUUGGUUGUUUUCUGAAGCAGGGACUUAAGUUAUCAAAGUAGUCAAUUUUCUUCCAACUGUUUCUUAUUAAGUGGCUUAAAAUACUUGUAAUAUAUUCCUAGAUCUGAACCAGAAAACAGAUAUGCUAUUAAUAGCAUUUUGGAAGUAGACCUUUAGCCUCUUUUCUCAUCUUCUAAAUUUUUCAUUGAUCCUAUGUGUGAUCUCUAAAUUGAAUUGAUGGCCUAUCAUUUUCUUCCUAUUUAUAGAAGGGGUUUUCAAGUUUUCUCACAUAUCUGAUUGGUUUCAAACAGAUUAUUUUAGCUUGGAGAUGUUGCUUUUCCAAGAAUCUGUUGUGUUACUUCUUUCCAUGGUUUUCUCGUGGAUAAACAGAGACCUGAAUACCUGAAGAAAAAAUACUCGAGAGGGAACAAAGAAGAUAAUUAGUUUGAUGGGUGAUGGAUUACUAUCCAUCCAAAUACUUAAUAAAUACCAUAGACAUUCCAAGAAUGAAUGAAAUUAAGGCUCAAAGGGAAUAUACUUAGGUUUGUUUACGUAACUACCUAGAUCCAUUGAAGUUUAAAGUCACUGAUAAAUUUCAAUUACCCCCUUUUUUUUUUAGAGCUUAUUUAGGGUUUAAUUAGGGAAAAUAAAUUUUUAGGCAAUUAUGGAAUCCUUUCUCUUGUCCACUUUUAUUUUUAACUUACCCCUACUAUUUUCUCUGAUUGAGGCUCAAUGUAUAUUUUGUUGUUUUCAAAUUUUUGAGGCUUGUACCUCUGGAUAGCAGUUGGAGCCUAAGAUUAUAAUGAGUCACUGUGCUUAGAGAAUGCACUGACUUUAUGAUGCUUUCAAGUCACAUGGACUAACACAGACUAGAUUUGCCAAGGUGACCUCUCCUUUCCAAGUUACAGAAUUGAUAAUAUAAGUUUAGGGGCUAGCACUCUCUUUCCAGUUGAAUCUUUGGAUAAAACUUUUACUCUUACUCAUCAGUAGUAUUUUCUUCCUGUUAAAGGAUAGGUAUGUAUUUUGGGAGAGUUGAACCAAAGUGACCUCCGAGAUAUUUUUAAGCUUGAAAUUUCAAGUUAGUUCUUCCAGAAAGUUUUUCAUGCAACUGGCUUAUUUGAGAGCAAAAGGCACCUUAGAAUUUUGGGUUGAUUUGCACCUGCUACUAUGGGGGACCUGUAGAAUUUAGCAAAAAUUUACAGAGCACAGUGGUCUUGGUUAAGCAUGCUGCUUGCUAGUUAUAAAAGAAAAAAAGUAUUAUGUGCUAGGCAGAUUCAGAACCUAAAGUAUAUUGAUUAUGUGGUAAUUUUAGAAGUACUUGUGCCUAUAUUUGUCAUCGUGAAGUCAUUGUAAAAACAUGUUCUAGGGUCUAAUUCCUUACAAUAUAACAGAAUAUUCUGAGCUCAGUUCUGCUGAUUAAUUUACAGUAACAAAUGCAGUGGGAAAAUAUAUAUCAUGGUAAUACAAAGUUAAGGUAACUAGUUUAGUAUCUUCAUAACCUGAAAAUAAGUGGCGUCUUCUACAGAGAAAAAAAAAUUAUCAUUCUUCUUAAUUAACAUUGUUUAUUUUGUAUAAUGGUAUCUAUCAUUCUGUAACUUCAAAAAAAUCUUCUAGCCACAUAUAGACUGACCCAGAUACAACCUAAAAAAAUUAUUUUCAAGUUUUUGGAAAGAUUUGAUUUUAACCAUUAGAAUUCUGCUAGUAAUCAUAUACCAGGAUCCCUAAAGGAAGAGAUAGUGGCAACUUUCUCAGAUCUGUUCCUAUAACUCUAAUACGACAAAAUUAUAUAUUCUCCUGAUCCAAAUAUAGUCUCUUGAGAUUACUGAUUUUAUAUCUGAAGGGUCAUCAUCUCCAGCAUGGCUGGGUGUUUAACAUUGUUAAAUAUACAAAUACCCACACUCUUUCAUGACAUGAGAACGUUACAUAAUGGACAUGAAGAUGAGCUUACAUAAACUGGAAUAUUUCCAUGUGCUUUUGCACUUUUUUUCCCUGCAUGAAUAGAGAGCUGUCCUGUGAUAUGAACUUCUCUUUGACAUAAAAGAAAAGAAUGUGUUGGCUAUAGUGGGAUUAUUUACACAGCUCUAUAGAUGAGAAAGGGGCCUUUGGAAGUACAUUUCUGAGGAUGGGUAGUUAGUUUAAUAGAUGAUCCUUUCCUACGUUGGUAGUUCUGGAAUUCCCAGUUUUGACUCUCAAAAAGUUUUGGUCCAGAAAUGAUGAGCAAAUAAUUGCAAGGAAUACCAGUUUAUCAGUGAGACACUUGUCUCUGUAGGGAUAACCAUGAUGGAAUAAAAAGGGUAAAUAGUGUAUUGAGUUUAUGCUUAUUUUUCAGUGCUUUUAUGGAUUAUGACUAAAGGUCCCAAGUUAGUGGAGAUGCAUGGAAAAAUCAUCAGCCACCAAAUAAACACCUUUUCUCUAAAGCUCUGUUCAUCAUUCUGUGAGCUGCUAAAUUUGAUUGUGAGACACAUUUCAGAUGUGUUUAGUUUCCAUGAGUCAAUUUAUUGUGCUUUUGUUAUAGAGUAGGGGAAUAUAUAUAUAUAUAUAUAUAUAUAUAUAUAUAUAGAAUACAAAGCGUCAUCAAAAUGUGGCUUGUUUUCCCAUGCAUUGACUUGUUAGGUUUGGGGUUUUUGUUUUAUAUGCUGGAAAAGAUAUUCACCACUUUAGAUUUUCUGGGUUAAUAGAACUGAGCUAUGUUAAUAUGCUACUGUAUUAACUUGUGUGUAGGAGGGGCACUCCUUAUCUUGUCUUCGGGCUUUAGAGCCCUUUAUCUUUAGCCCCAUAUGAUCCUUGUGAAAUGUAAGAUCACUAUCUUGCACCUUAAAAUCAACUUCUUUGUAAUAUUCAGAUUUAAAAUUGCCUUGUUUGCUCCUGUUCCAACAAAGUGCAUCCAGGAGAAAGAGGCCUUAUGUAUUUCUCCAUUUAUCCUAUUUUUUGUAUCUAUAGACUGUUGUAUUAAGAUUUCCUCAGGACUUCUUUUGGUUUAAGUUAAUCACACUUUUUCAGGAAAUUGUGACUAGUUUCAUUUCAGCAAUAGGACCAACUUGUCAUGGUGCUUUGCUUCAUGUCAAAUAAAGAGAGUCUUAGGAAUACAAAAGGUAGGUGAGAGAGUAUUUAUAAACAUACAAGGAUGUUUUUUGCUUGGUUUACCAGAGGGUCCAGUUUGUCAAAGCUUUCAGAGUCACAUGAACAGAGAAAAUAUGCACUUUUGCAGAAUAAAGCUUUCCAUGUAAACUUAGAAGAUAUGCAAAGAUGGAUAGCAAAGUUUUGUUUUUAUUUUGACAUAGUUUUCAUUCAACAUGUAAAAUCCCUUGUGGUCCAUUUGUUAUAUUUCCCUUUUCCUGGGCCUUUUUUAAAUUGGGUGAUUGGUUGGGUUUUUUUGGUCUUAGUCGGGGCAGGGGGUUGGUUCUUAAUUUUAACUGAGUCAAAACGGUUGAUGCAAUAAAGGAAUUUUUCACCUAUAAAUUUGGAUUAACUGGAACAAAUAAACCUAACUAAAACAGUCAUUCAAAAAUACUGUCUCUAAGAAUUACUUUAAGCCAUUAGGAAUUUCAGAAUCAUUUUAUAUUUAGGAGAAAUUUCAAAAUUUUUUCAGUCUUUAAUAAGAAUAAUAUAGUGUCUGUGGGGAAAAAAUAUAGCUCAGGGUAAACUUGAGAAUUUUGGUUUUAGGUUUUUGGUUUUGGAUUUUGACCAAACAGGAAGAUAAGAAUAAGCCAAAAUGAUGUGACAUAACAUCCAAAUUUAUGGGUAAAGAAUUACUAGAAAUUCUUAAAUGCACAUAUUUAUAAUCAUAACCAUAUACUUUUUACUCUGGGAAGGAAGUGAUGGGGGAGUAAUCUUUUUAAUCCUUAAUUCCAAACUGACUUUAACAUAUUGAAUAUUAAAAUACUUCACAAGUUAAUAAACCAUUUGUAAAAUGUUUAUAAAACUUUGUAUCAUGUGUUGGUACACCUUAUCAAAUCUUUUCUGGCAUGUAUUCCAUUCUAAUUUCUGUAAAAUUUCUAUGUUGCUGUAAAUAUUAUAAAAAAUAUUUAUCCCGUGGUAACCUUAAUUAUCAGCAUGAAAAUGGUUAAUUUUUACUGAGCACAAUGUAUUUUUGAAUGGACCUUACAAAAAUACGUCUUUAAUAAAAUGCAGAUUUUGCACUAGAAAAAACCGAUGUUGUCCAAAUUGCUGUAACUCCAAAGCUUUGCAAGCCAGCAGCAUUGAAUUCCUCCCUAUGAUAGCAUGUAGCUUAUUUUUUUUCUUCCUUAAAUACAGUUCAUUUGAAUUCCAACUAUUUGACAAAGGAAAAUGUGCCUUUAAAAGGGAAAAAUCAGUUCAAGGAACAGAAAUUAAUUUCAAUGAAUGCAGAAAAUUUGAUACUUGAUAAUAUUGUUUUCAUUUUCAAAAUACCUCUCACCUCAGAAGCUAGAGGACAUUUGGCAACUUUAAGUUGCUCUUAAGAAUGAGUAUCAAUGGACUUGAAAAUUAGUAGUCAGAUACUCAAGUACCUGAGACACACCUACUGAUUUGAGCUUAUUAGAAAUCCAAUGCCAUUGUCAAUGCCACACUCUCCUGAUUCACUGGUGCUCGAAAAUUUCAGAGAUAAAAGAAAGGUGAGCCAGGGGUAUUCUCGGAAUCUAUGUUUUCCUUCUCAUCUCAAGGACUUUCAGAGUUUACUGCCUCUGCCCUGAUUUACAUGAAGUAAGAUGGCCAUCUUAAGAGGAUUGCUGGCUUAGGAUAAGUUUGUUUCUCCCUGGUUUUUAAUUAUUGAAAUAGCAAAAUAGUCAAUGACUGACCUUUCUACCCCUUUAAUACUAUAAACCAAAUAAAAUUAUAGUCAAAAUCCAAUCUACCAUAAUUCUUAAUUCUCAAUAUUAAAGAUUAUGGGUAUAUAGGAUUGACAGAGGUUAAUUCAGAAUAACUUCUGUUCAUUGUUGAAGACAAAAUUAUUCACAUAGCUCACUAUAUCUAAUGUAAUUGCAUAAGCAAUUAACAUAGUUCUCCAUGAAGUAUAAGUUGGUAUAUGUAAAAAUUAGAUAUUUAUGUAAUAUUUUAAUCUAUAUUAAUUUAUACUAAUCUGCACGUUACCAAAAACACAGAUUUUCUUUUAUUUGCUUUACACAAAAGUGUGUGCAAAGGUUUCCAUGAUGGGAUUUCUAGUUUAGAAACAAAAAAUAACUUAGCAUAUAGUUGAGAGGUAAGAAUGAAGAAGAAAGUAACAAAUUAUAACAUAUUUUAACAUCUCUAACAUGUAUUGGACGACCUGCAAUCUAAGGGAGGGGGU